AUGGCUUCAUUCCGGGAUAUAGGGGUUGGAGCAGCCAUCAAUAUCCUCAGUGCCUUCGUUUUCUUUAUAGUAUUUGCAAUUCUUAGGCUUCAGCCCUUGAACGACAGGGUAUACUUUCCAAAAUGGUAUUUCAAGGGAGUAAGAGACAGUCCCACACGCUCUGGCACAUUCGUGAGUAAGUUUGUCAAUCUAGACUAUAGGUCAUAUGUGAGGUUUCUGAAUUGGAUGCCGGCAGCAUUGAACAUGCCGGAACCGGAGCUUAUUGAUCAUGCAGGAUUGGAUUCUGCUGUUUACUUGAGGAUAUACUUGAUAGGGCUUAAAAUCUUUGUUCCAAUAGCACUCGUUGCAUCAGCUAUUUUGAUACCAGUUAACUGGACAAAUAACACUUUGGAUAUUGAUGCUAAGAUUAACAACAUUACUUCUAGUGACAUUGAUAGGCUCUCUAUUUCAAAUAUCCCAGAUAACUCUGAAAGAUUGUGGACUCAUAUAGUGCUGGCGUAUGCCUUUACCUUUUGGACAUGUUAUGUGCUAAAGAAGGAGUAUGAGAAAGUUGCCUCAAUGCGCUUGCAUUUUCUUGCAACUGAAAAACGACGACCAGACCAAUUUACGGCACUUGUCAGAAAUGUUCCACCAGAUCCAGAUGAAUCUAUGAGUGAGCUUGUGGAGCACUUUUUUCUGGUCAACCAUGCGGAUCAUUAUCUUACUCAUCAGGUGGUGUACAAUGCCAACAGACUUGCAAAAUUGGUCAAGAAGAAGAAAAAAAUGGAUAACUGGCUUGUCUACUACCAAAACAAACUUGAAAGAAGCAAAACUUCAGUGAGGCCCUUGACUAAGACUGGUUUUCUUGGGCUUUGGGGAAAGAAAGUUGAUGCAAUUGAACAUUAUCAAUCUAAGAUUGAGAAAUUGAGAAAGGAAAUAGCUGAAGAAAUGGAGAGGGUUGCAAACGAUCCCAAAUCUAUCAUGGCAGCUGCCUUUGUUUCCUUUAAAAGCAGAUGGGGCGCUGCUGUUUGUGCACAAACUCAGCAAUUUAGAAAUCCAACUAUUUGGGUGACCGAAUGGGCUCCAGAGCCACGCGAUGUAUACUGGCCAAAUCUGGCUAUUCCAUAUGUUUCACUCACAGUUAAGAAGCUCAUCAUGGCUGUUGCAUUCUUUUUCCUAACCUUCUUUUUCAUAAUCCCUAUUGCAAUUGUACAAUCUAUUGCAAGCCUGGAGGGUCUUGAGAAAGCAGCUCCAUUCCUAAAGCCCAUUGUCGAAGAGAAGUUCAUCAAGUCAGUCAUUACAGGCUUUCUGCCUGGGAUUGCACUGAAGUUGUUUCUGAUAUUUUUGCCAACCAUACUGAUGAUCAUGGCCAAAUUUGAAGGGCAUACAUCUCUGUCUUCUCUUGAGAGGAGAGCAGCAUCUAGAUACUAUCUCUUUGCUUUGGUGAAUGUAUUCCUUGGUAGCAUUAUAGCUGGAUCGGCACUUGAACAGCUAAAAACUUUCAUGCAUCAAUCACCUUCUGAAAUUCCAGAGACAAUUGGCGUCGCAAUCCCUAUAAAAGCAACUUUCUUCAUAACAUAUAUAAUGGUUGAUGGGUGGGCUGGUAUCGCCGCAGAGAUUCUAAUGUUGAAGCCCCUGAUAAUGUAUCACUUGAAGAAUACAUUCCUGGUGAAGACUGAUAAGGACAGGGAAGAGGCAAUGGAUCCAGGAAGUAUUGGUUUCCACACUAGGGAGCCUCGUAUACAGCUUUACAUCUUACUGGGCCUUGUAUAUUCUACAAUGACACCAGUUCUACUCCCAUUCAUAGUUGUUUUCUUUGGCCUGGCUUAUCUUGUGUUCCGUCAUCAGAUCAUAAAUGUUUACAACCAGGAAUAUGAAAGUGCUGCAGCAUUCUGGCCUGAUGUCCAUGGUCGCGUUGUGUCUGCAUUGAUUCUCUCUCAAUUGGUUCUAAUGGGAUUGUUGAGUACCAAAGGAGCUAAAAUAUCUACACCAUUUCUUCUUCCACUUCCAAUAAUGACCGUAGCGUUCUAUAAGUAUUGUGCAGGUCGCUAUGAACCUGCAUUUGUUAGAUAUCCAUUACAGGAAGCAAAGAUGAAAGAUACUCUGGAACAUGCCAGAGAACCAAACCUGAACUUGAAAGGCUACCUUCAAAGCGCAUAUGUGCAUCCAGUUUUUAAAGAGUGUGCUGAAGAUGAUGAUGAAGAGGAAAAAGCUCUGUAUGAGACCGUGAUUGUGGCCACAAAACGCCAAUCCAGGCGGAACACGCCAGUGCAAAGCAAAAUGACUGGAGGAUCCACGUCGCCGUUGCCAGAUGCUGCUCAUGAAGAUCUACAGCCUUGA